CUUCACCACACCCUUCAAUUAAAAACGACAACUACAACGAUGUCGUUUCUCCGCAAAACCCCAAACCUAACCCUUAAUUCCCUCUCCACGCUUCGCCGUUUCGCGACAACCCUCGCCGUGAAGCCCUUCCCGGACGACCCCACCGUCGCCUACUACGACGACCUCGUCGCCGACGCCGGCAGCUCCGGCGACUUCCACGCGCUCCGCGACGUCCUCAACAAGCGCAUCCAAGACGGCUUCUUCAACACGAAGCGAACCUUCAGCUUCAUCACCGCCACCACCUUCUCCACCUCCCUCAUCGACAACAUCACCGCCACGUUCUCCCACCUCAAUGAAGGAAUCACGCGCCGCAACGCGCUCGAUUCCCUCGUCACGCGCCUCUGCAAGCUCCGACGCGUCGACGACGCGCUGCGCGUGAUAGAUUCCUUGGCGCGUGACGGAGUCUGCGCCCCCACCGUGUGCACCUUCUACCCCGUCCUCAACCUCCUCACUAGGGAAAAAUCGAUGGGCCACGCGCGGCGCGUGGUGGAUCACAUGGCUGGGCUUGGAGUGGGCCUGGACUUGACGGCCCACAACUUUUUUCUCAUGGCGCACUGCUUCGCCGGCGAUUUGGAGGCGGCGGUCGGAGUUUUGAGGAGGAUGGAGGAGGAGGGUAUGGGGGAGGACGCGCGUACGUUCGACGCGCUGGUGGUGGGCGCGUGUAGGGCGGGGAAGGUGGAGGGGGCUAUGAUGGUGGUGAGGAGGAUGGUGGAUGAUGGGGUUCCCAUGUUGUACUCAACGCACAUGAGUGUUAUUGGGGCGCUUUUGAAGAUGAAAAGCCACGAGCUUGCGGUGAGGUAUGUCAGGAGUUUUGUUGGGAAGGAUGAAAAGUUGGAUGCUGAGCUUCUUGGGUGUUUGGCUAGCAAGCUUGUGAAUUUGAAGAUGGGUAAGGUGGCGCUGUCCAUUUUGGAGGAGAUGAAUCAAAGGGGUUUGCCAAUGGGUUAUAAGUUGAAGAAGUUUUAUGAAGAGAAUGGUGGGAAUGAAAAUGGUGCAAGGGUUGAUGGUGUGGUUUAGAAGGAGGGAGUGGAAUGUAGUGGGACGUGGGGAAAAUAACGAUUCAGGAUUGUAUUUGUCAUCAAGAGAUUCAGCAUACUGAAUCCUCUGUCAUCUGCUAGAGUGAUACCUAGAUGCCCUUUCUUGGAGUCAAGAGAAAAACAGGAGCCGAGAUUCAGAGAAUAAGAGAUCCAUCCUCCUACAAAAGAAUCAGCAUUCAUAUAAUUGUCAGCUUGGGAGUGAUUAGAACCGAAUUUCUUGUGUUCUGAAUUCUAGUUUAUCAUUAUGACAGUGCACGGGCUAGGAAAUUUCAAAUGCCCUUUGCCUCUGCUGAUUCAUAUAGUGUGUUUGAUUCGGUGUUAAUAACGUGAUUUUUCAUGUCAAAUCAAAAACAAGUAGUUUUAACUUUCACAUUCCGGACAGAAUUGACGUGAAAAUAUAUUAUGAAAUGCUAAAACAAACAUGCACGUAAUCUCUCGUGUGAGACUUGGUUCCUAACAGGGCUCAUGUUUGGCUAGAAAAAUUGCAGUAACAAAUUCAAAGAGAGAUCAUAACAUCAAACUACACGUAGGAUUCAAAUAAGAUCACUCAUUGUUUUCAUGAAACUCAAUUAUCGUAAUUAUAUGUGCACAUGCAGCCUGGAACAGAAAGCCUCGGUCUAAGGGAAACCAUGAAUGAGGAUGAUGAAUUAGAGGAAAAAAAAUGAUAAACUGUACUCAUUUUCACUCCAAGAUGUUUAAAUUGUAUUAUUCUAUUUAAUUUUGAAAAUGACAUUAUCCUCCUUCAGAAAAUAAGAUGUUAUAC